GGGUGGGGAGAAGGAGAGGCAGAGAGGGGUGGAGAUUGGAGGCGGCGGCUCGGAGGUGGCUCCAGUUCAGAGGAGCGGAGAGUCUGUGUCAGGACUUGGCAAUCCCCAGUCACACACACAGAGGUGCAUGAACGAAAAAGAGCUGCGAUACAAUUCCCUGGGAUUUUUUUGUUGCUCCGAGAUUUCAUUGCCCCCCUUCUCCUCUCCCCGUCGCCUCCUUGAGCGCGAUCAGCCUUGGGCUCCUGAUCUCCGUCCACGGGGCAGCGGCGAGGGAAGCGACGCUGAAGAACGGCUGGAAGGGGAUCGUGCCCGAGGCCAGAAUGUCAUCCCGGGAGACGUAGACGAAGGCGAAGAGGACGGCGGAGGAGGGGGUUCUGGGGUGCGCGUGUGUGCACAGACGUGGUGUGCGUGGGGCUGUGCAUUGCAAUCGAGCCUCUUUCUCCGACUUUGCCUCCCUACCGAGCGUUUACUGAGUUCUUCCCGGCUGCCGCCGCCGGCAUAGCCGCGCCGCGUCUCCGAGUUGCCUGGAGAGAGCGGACUUCGGGACCGGUCACGUCCACAGGGCUUUGCACCUCGCGCUCUUUUGUGGCGGGGCUCGAUCUCCUUCUACCGGCAGAAUUGUUUAUCCACCCCCCCCCCUCUUCUGCGUGCAGCAGCCUCAUCCUCUUUCCUUUUUGGACCGAGCAGAGCGUGUUGGGAACCGCAGGGGGAAAAUGUUGACUUAACCUCGAGCAGAGCCUCUCUCGGCUGGCUGGGCUUGCUUGGAGAGAAGAGAGGAGGAGGAGGAGGAGGAGAAGCCGCCGGCGUGUCCGUUCGGUCCCAGCCCAGCGAGCUGCAAAGACGGCUGCCUGCCUUGCUCGGCUUCUGUCGGCCCGGCUCUUUCGCCUUUCCAGCGAUCCCUUUUCGUCUUCUGGCCGUUUGCUGCAGGCGCCUUCCGGGCCACAAUCCCUCCCUCCUCUUCCUCGUAAGCCGGGGAAGGCUCGCUUUAGACCACCUUUCCGAGCACCCCAGAUGCGAGAGAGACCCUGGCCCGGCUCUGGCUGCAAAUCCAAAGUUAUGAAGUUCAAUGAUGUAGACCACCUACUUGAAUGACGCUGGACAUUUAUAACUGGAUUCAUUAAGGAAUAAAAAGAAAAUACUUUAAAGGGGGUCAAUAAUGGUGGCAUCUGAUUGCAGAAUGAAAAGAUUUUGGCUAUUACUGAUAGUCAGCUUCCUGCAGUGUACGGAAGGUUUCAGCCGAGCAGCAUUACCAUUUGGUUUAGUAAGGAGAGAACUGUCCUGUGAGGGCUACUCCAUCGAUCUUCGGUGUCCAGGAAGUGAUGUCAUCAUGAUAGAGAGUGCUAAUUAUGGGCGGACAGAUGACAAAAUUUGUGAUGCUGACCCUUUCCAAAUGGAGAACACAGAAUGUUUCCUCCCUGAUGCCUACAAAAUUAUGACACAAAGGUGCAACAAUCGAACUCAGUGCAUAGUAGUUACUGGAUCAGAUGUGUUUCCUGAUCCUUGCCCUGGAACAUACAAAUACCUCGAAGUCCAAUAUGAAUGUGUCCCCUACAUUUUUGUUUGCCCUGGGACAUUGAAAGCCGUUGUGGAUUCUCCAAAUUUAUAUGAAGCAGAGCAAAAGGCAGGUGCCUGGUGCAAAGACCCUCUUCAGGCUGCAGAUAAAAUAUACUUCAUGCCAUGGACUCCAUACCGUACCGAUACUCUGAUAGAAUAUGCUUCUCUAGAGGACUUCCAAAAUGGACGCCAGCAGACAACAUAUAAGCUUCCGAAUCGAGUGGAUGGUACUGGAUUUGUGGUAUACGAUGGUGCUGUCUUUUUUAACAAGGAAAGAACCAGGAACAUCGUAAAGUUUGACUUAAGAACUAGAAUUAAGAGUGGAGAGGCUAUUAUAAAUUAUGCUAACUACCAUGACACUUCUCCUUAUAGAUGGGGGGGCAAGACUGAUAUUGAUUUGGCUGUUGAUGAAAACGGUUUGUGGGUAAUUUAUGCUACAGAACAAAACAAUGGAAUGAUAGUGAUUAGCCAACUGAAUCCAUAUACCCUACGUUUUGAAGCAACUUGGGAAACGACGUAUGACAAGCGAGCAGCAUCCAAUGCUUUUAUGAUAUGUGGGGUUCUCUAUGUUGUUCGAUCAGUAUACCAAGACAAUGAAAGUGACACUGGCAAAAACGCAAUUGAUUACAUUUACAACACCAGAUUAAGCAGAGGAGAAUAUGUAGAUAUUCCUUUCCCCAACAUGUAUCAUUACAUUGCUGCCGUGGAUUACAAUCCAAGAGAUAAUCAACUGUACGUGUGGAACAACAAUUUCAUUCUGCGAUAUUCUCUAGAGUUUGGCCCACCAGACCCUGCUCAAGUGCCUACUACAGCAGAGACAAUAACUCCUUCCACAGAGCUGUACAAAACAACUGUAUCAACCACAAGCACUACACCUCAGAAAGUCCUUAUCAGUACAACUCUAGCAACAGCAACAAGCAAAGGCCCCAAACCACCUCCAGCAGUUUCUACAACCAAAAUCCCUCCAGUGACAAGCUUUUUUCCUUUGCCAGAAAGGUUCUGUGAACCUGUUGUGGCCCGGGGAAUUAGUUGGCCUCAGACACAAAGGGGAAUCAUUGUGGAACGCCCAUGUCCCAAAGGAACUCGGGGAACAGCUUCAUACCUCUGCAUGGUUUCUACUGGAACGUGGAAUCCUAAGGGCCCUGAUCUUAGCAACUGUACUUCACACUGGGUAAAUCAGCUGGCCCAGAAGAUCAGAAGUGGAGAAAAUGCUGCUAGCCUUGCCAAUGAACUGGCUAAACACACCAAAGGACCAAUCUUUGCAGGAGAUGUGAGUUCAUCAGUCAGACUAAUGGAACAGUUGGUGGACAUUCUUGAUGCUCAGCUACAAGAUCUGAAGCCUAAUGAAAAGGACUCUGCUGGACGGAGUUAUAACAAGCUCCAAAAGCGAGAGAAGACAUGCAGGGCUUACCUUAAGGCGAUUGUUGACACAGUGGACAACCUGCUUAGGGCUGAAGCUCUAGAAUCUUGGAGAGAUAUGAAUUCCUCAGAACAAGCACAUGCUGCAACCAUGUUACUUGAUACACUAGAAGAAGGGGCUUUUGUCUUGGCUGACAAUCUCUUAGAACCUACAAGAGUCGCAAUGCCUACAGAUCACAUUGUCCUGGAAGUUGCGGUGCUAAGUACAGAAGGGCAGGUGCAGGACUUGAAAUUUCCUCAGGGCAAUACUGGAGGCAAUUCGAUCCAGCUCUCUUCAAGCACUGUGAAACAGAACAGCAGAAAUGGGUUAGCAAAGCUGGUUUUCAUAAUUUACAAAAGCUUGGGUCGGUUCCUAAGUACCGAAAAUGCAACCAUAAAACUAGGCAGUGAAUUUGCUGGCAGGAACAGUACCAUUGCUGUGAACUCUGACGUCAUUGCUGCCUCCAUCAACAAGGAGUCCAGCCGUGUCUACUUGACCGAUCCUGUUCUUUUCACCCUGGCACACAUUGAUGCUGAAAAUUAUUUCAAUGCCAAUUGCUCCUUCUGGAACUACUCAGAACGAACUAUGAUGGGAUAUUGGUCUACUCAAGGUUGCAAGCUAAUCGACACAAAUAAAACACAUACCACAUGCGCAUGCAGCCAUCUAACCAACUUUGCAAUCCUCAUGGCCCAUAGAGGAAUUGUGUACAAAAACGGAAUGCACGAGUUGCUGCUCACUGUCAUCACCUGGGUAGGGAUUGUCAUUUCCCUUGUCUGCCUGGCAAUCUGCAUCUUCACUUUCUGUUUCUUCCGUGGCCUUCAAAGUGACCGAAACACAAUUCACAAGAACCUUUGCAUCAACCUCCUCAUUGCAGAGUUCAUUUUCCUAAUAGGCAUUGAUAAGACAGAAUAUAAGAUUGCAUGCCCAAUAUUUGCAGGCCUCUUACACUUUUUCUUCCUGGCAGCCUUUGCCUGGAUGUGCCUAGAAGGAGUGCAACUCUAUCUCAUGUUAGUAGAAGUAUUUGAAAGUGAAUAUUCUAGGAAGAAGUACUACUAUGUGGCUGGCUACUUCUUCCCUGCCACUGUUGUUGGAGUCUCAGCAGCAAUUGACUAUAGCAGUUAUGGAACACAGAAAGCUUGCUGGCUCAAGGUUGACAACUAUUUUAUCUGGAGUUUUAUUGGUCCUGUUACCUUCAUUAUUCUGCUGAAUCUUAUCUUCCUGGUGAUCACACUGUGCAAAAUGGUGAAGCACUCAAACACUUUGAAACCAGACUCCAGCAGGUUGGAAAAUAUUAAGUCCUGGGUUUUAGGUGCAUUUGCUCUCCUGUGUCUUCUUGGCCUAACGUGGUCUUUUGGGCUGCUUUUUGUCAACGAAGAGACCAUUGUGAUGGCAUAUCUCUUUACAGUAUUUAAUGCCUUCCAAGGAAUGUUUAUUUUCAUCUUUCAUUGUGCACUCCAAAAGAAAGUACGGAAGGAAUAUGGAAAGUGCUUCAGACAUUCUUAUUGUUGUGGAGGAUUACCGACAGAGAGCCCGCACAGUUCAGUAAAAGCAUCAACUACAAGAACUAGUGCUCGCUAUUCCUCUGGCACACAGAGUCGAAUAAGAAGAAUGUGGAAUGACACUGUGAGAAAACAAUCUGAAUCUUCCUUUAUCUCAGGUGAUAUCAAUAGCACUUCAACACUUAAUCAAGGAAUGACUGGCAAUUACCUACUAACAAACCCUCUUCUUCGACCGCACGGCACUAACAAUCCUUAUAACACAUUGCUCGCUGAAACGGUUGUAUGUAAUGCCCCUUCAGCUCCUGUGUUUAACUCACCAGCAACCUACAGAGAGACAAGACAUUCACUGAACAAUGCCAGGGAUACAAGUGCCAUGGAUACUCUACCGCUAAAUGGUAAUUUCAACAACAGCUACUCUUUGCGCAAUGGGGACUAUAAUGACAGUGUGCAAGUUGUAGACUGUGGACUAAGCCUGAAUGAUACUGCAUUUGAAAAAAUGAUCAUUUCAGAAUUAGUGCACAACAACCUGCGGGGCAGCAACAAGAACCACAACCUGGAGCGCACAUUACCAAUCAAAGCUGUGAUCGGCGGGAGCAGUAGUGAAGAUGAUGCUAUCGUAGCAGAUGCUUCAUCUUUGAUGCACAGUGAUAACCCAGGCCUGGAGCUGCACCAAAAGGAACUCGAGGCCCCCCUGAUUCCCCAACGGACUCACUCCCUUCUGUACCAGCCACAGAAGAAAGUGAAAACGGAAGGAACAGAUAGCUAUGUGUCGCAGCUGACAACUGAAGUCGAAGACCACCUCCAGUCCCCCAACAGAGACUCUCUCUACACGAGCAUGCCCAACCUCAGAGACUCUCCUUAUCCAGAGAGCAGUCCUGACAUCGAGGAAGACCUCUCUCCCUCCCGGAGGAGUGAAAAUGAGGACAUUUACUACAAAAGCAUGCCAAAUCUUGGGGCUGGCCAUCAGCUUCAGAUGUACUAUCAAAUCAGCAGGGGAAAUAGUGACGGCUAUAUAAUUCCCAUUAACAAGGAAGGAUGUAUUCCAGAAGGGGAUGUUAGGGAAGGACAAAUGCAACUAGUGACAAGCCUUUAAUAGUGUAGCAAAGGAAUACUGAAGACCACAUGCAAGUAUUAAACAGACUUAAUUGGCCCCAUGCAGGCUCCCUCAUAUCUGCUUGAAGAGACAAUUCUGUUGUCCCUGUGGUUUCUUUCUCCCAUGUAACGGAGAUGACUGGACCUUGCAGUUCUGUGAAUUUUUAUAAAACAAAGCUUUGUAUAUACACAGAGUAUACUAAAAAGAAUUAUUUGUUACAAAGAAAAAAGAGAUACCAUCAAGGUAUUUUAAGAUAUCUUCUGCUGCUGACAUAAAAGAGAUUGUGAAAUAAACAGACACACACAAAGAAAGUGUUCCAGCCAUUUUACUGCAGCAGUUUGUGAACUAAAUUUGUAAAUAUGGCUGCAUCAUUUUUUUGUAGGCCUGCAUUGUAUUAUAUACAAGACGUAGGCUCUAAAAUCCUGUGGGACAAAUUUACUGUACCUUACUAUUCCUGACAAGACUUGCAAAAGCAGGAGAGAGAUUCUGCAUCAGUUUGCAGUUCACUGCAAAUCUUUUCCAUUAUGGCAAAGAUUGAAAACAUGUCUAACCACUAGCAAUCAAGCCACAGGCCUUAUUUCAUAUAUUUCCUCAACUGUACAAUGAACUGUUCUCAUGAAAAAAAUGGCUAAAGAAAUUAUAUUUUGUUCUAUUGCUAGGGUAAAAAAAAAUAAAUACAUUUGUGUCCAAAUGGAAAUAUAAUUGUCAUUAAAAUAAUUUUAAAGAGUUUGAAGAAAAUAUUGUGAAACGCUCUUGGUUGCACAUAUGCUACAAGCUGUUUUUUCUUAUACUUGGGUCAUAGUACCGUAAUAUGUUUAAAAUGCAAGUUCUUCCCAUUUUCACUUCUUUUUCACUGUAAACAGUGUUCUGCUUUAACGUUAGUAUUUCUUCUUAUGUUUCAAACUUCUUAUUGCCAAACAAACAUAUUUUAUGGGGAGAAUUCUCUUAGAAGCCAAUUAAUGCCAUGCCUUGCACAAAUUUGGUAAAAGUUCUGUGACAGAUUAUAAAUUAGUUCCCACUUCAUUCUUUAACUGGGGAGGAGGGUAGGUGGGGGCCAAAAGGGAGGACCCAGGGUAUUACUCUCAAAACUUACUGGGAAACAAAUGGUGCCUGUCCUUUUUAAGCUAAGAGAAAACAUAAAUAUUACUCUUCCAUACUCCUUCUGCCUAUAUUUAGUAAUUAAUUUAUUUUAUGAUAAAAGAUCUAAUUAAUUGUACAUUGUUUCAGAAAAAUUCUGCUUUUUUCAUCCCUUUGUGUAAACCUGUUAAUAAAUGAGCCAUCACUAAUAUCCAAUGUAAAGUUUAACACCUGUUUGACAGUAAAUAAAUGUGA